AGAGCGGAAGAGCUCGCCGUGUGUUUUGGUUCUAAGGGGAAGUUGCGAGAAGAAAGAAAGGAGGAGACGUGACGGGAUUGUUGAAAUUGUCUUUUUUUUUCUCUCGGCUCCCCAUACGCAUCUCACCGCAGUGCCCCGGAUUCCGUGUGUAUACACACACCAAAGUGGUGGGAGCAAAAGUCCCCCCCUCCCCUCCGUCGUCUGGCUCUCAGCGGACGCCCCCCCAGGUCGUGACGUUUGGCCCGCAGGAUAGCAGAGAAUCUGAUUUAAGGCCAUGGCCAACCGAGGAGGAGCUACGAGACCCAACGGACCCAACUCAGGCAACAAGAUCUGCCAGUUUAAGCUGGUCCUGCUGGGGGAGUCGGCCGUCGGCAAGUCCAGCUUGGUGCUCCGCUUCGUCAAGGGCCAGUUCCACGAAUUCCAAGAGAGCACAAUAGGAGCGGCUUUUCUCACCCAGACCGUGUGCCUAGACGACACGACGGUGAAGUUUGAGAUCUGGGACACCGCGGGUCAGGAGCGGUACCACAGCCUGGCGCCCAUGUAUUACAGAGGAGCACAAGCUGCCAUUGUGGUCUACGACAUCACAAACGAGGAGUCCUUUGCACGGGCAAAGAACUGGGUGAAGGAGCUGCAGAGACAAGCUAGUCCUAAUAUAGUCAUCGCUCUGUCGGGAAACAAAGCCGACCUGGCCAGCAAGAGAGCCGUGGAUUUCCAGGAUGCUCAGUCGUACGCAGAUGACAACAGCCUACUUUUCAUGGAGACAUCAGCCAAGACGUCUAUGAAUGUGAAUGAGAUAUUUAUGGCUAUCGCAAAGAAAUUGCCAAAAAACGAGCCUCAAGCUGCAGGAGCCAGCAGCGGUCGGACCCGGGGAGUGGACCUGACAGAAGCUGCCCAGCCAGCCAAGGCUCCGUGUUGCUCUACCUAAAAUGAAGAACACAAUCUUCCCUCCCAGACCUGUAAACUAGUAACUAAUGUGGCUGACGCCCCAGACGCCACUGCAGCUACUAAUGCAACAUGUCCCCCUUUGUUUGAAACAGAAAAAGAUGCCCUGUAUCCCCUCCCUCUUUUGUUUUUCGUUGUUGUUGUUUUUUUUCAUCACAGUAGCAACAUCAGUGCCAUCUCACUGAUGUUUUGGGGGGGGAGGCGCUGCCUCUUCCAUUAGGGUUCUGCUGGUACCUGAAGAAGCCUCCUAACCACUCUGUUUCACUUCAUAGAAUCCGUCUGAUCUUACCUUGUCGGUUAACGAUGGGUCAGCGAUCGCAAAUAUCAGCAGCAUCAUCCAUCAUCUUUGAUAUGAGUUCCCUGUUCAGUAAAGCGAUCACUUCCUUUUUCUGGGAACCACCACUCUUAUUUACACAAUUCUUCUGCUUUUUGUCCUUUUUUUUUUUGUUUGAUCUUUGCCGGUUAUUAUUUAACAAUACUUUUGUUUAAACCAUAGAUGCACAUGCUUAUGUGUUUUACAUGGGUAACGAAAAAGAACCUCGAAAUUUUUUUUUUUUUUUUUUCCAUUUUUGGUCUGUAGUAGCACAAACAAAGCGACAAAAGUUUGAGACAAAGAGCCGUUUCUUGUGGGUUAGAACCCUGAGAUAUGUGUUCCUCUCUUGUCAUCAGGACCUUUUUUUAUUUAAAGUUUAAAAGAAACUUGUACACUCCCCGAUUCCCUCAACAAGCCACUGGCUCUCUCCUUAUGGAAUUCAAAUUGGAGCCCGUGUAUAUAUAUAUUUUCUACCUGUAGUCUUCUCUUAAGGAACUGUGCCUGCUUGUUUUUGACCACAGUGGCAUUGUGUCAUGUUUCACAGCCUUGCCUGUUGAUUUGAGUAUCUGCAAGAAUCAUUGCAACACAGAAAAAAAACCCUCCCUCCCCUCCGCAACACACAGAGGCCUCUAAGGUACCCAUCAGCAACCGUUCAUCCCUUAUACGUUGCGUCCUUUCGUUCAUCCUCUGUGAACCAUCCCUUUCUGCUCAAACUGGGGUUGGAUGAUUUUGUUUAUGCAAAAAUACUUUUUUUUUUUUUUUCUUCUUCCCAUUAUGUCAGUGUUGCUUGACCGCUGCAGGGUUUGCACAGGGUAAAAAAAAAAAACAAAGAAAGAAAAAAAAAAACAAAGGUGGUGGUUGUAAGUGGGGCGCUGCAAUAUGUGAGGUCUCUUCUUGUUUAUAAGUGGAAUUCUAAUUAUUUCACAUUUUGGAUUAGGAAGUGCUUUAGACACGUUGGUGUGUCACUAUAUCUGAACUUUUGCCUGGCUGGCUGGCUGGUGACUGAUUUCAUCUGUAGGCUUAGAGUCACAUGCACAUGACACGCAUUUGCACAAUGAAACACACGUUCACCCCAAACACGGCAGGGCGGCUCCUCACAGAGGCGCCGGCCUGGCACACCUCACCCACGCCAACGUUAAGCACAUUAUUUGUGUUUUUCUAUGUCCCCCACAUGUUGUUACAUGCACACAUUUGCACACACACAUUAGUUCUAGAAAUAUAUAUAUAUACUAUUACUUGUCAAUAACUUUUUUUACUGGUCUGUCUUACUCAUGCCUUGCACUAAUGAUGCUUAUGAAUUUAUGUUGUCAUAAUCUGAGUCGGUGUGUUAUAAAUAUAUACAUAAUAUAAAUAUAUAAAUAAUAUACUGUAAAUACGGUGUUGCGGUGUAGUCUACUCUUUUCCUGAUUUUUUUUUUUUUUUUUUUUUUUUUUUUUUUCUAGUGACUAAUGCUUGCUAGGGAGUCAUCUAGAUGAUUAUUUGGGGUAAAAAGGACAACAACAACUGUACAGAUGGCAGGAAUACGGCUACAGUUUGGGUGUUGCUUUUCACAAAAAAAAUGGUUAAAUUAUAAUCAGUGGUGGUCGAUAUUAAUGUAUGUAGUGUUGUUAACAAAAUGAAAAAAUGAAAUUGCAUUUAUUUACACUUCUAAAAUGUUAUAUUCACGCAUAUAAGAUUCUGUUGUUUUUUUAUUACAUUUCUGUUGCCUUUUUUUUUUGUUGUUGUUUGUUUUUGUUUUUAUUUUUAUUUUCUGGUUGUAAUGGUUCAUUUGUGCCCUCAGUAGACCUGAACUUCCACCUCCAGAGGCACUGGUUGCAAAAUGUCCCAUAAAUCUAGAUAAAUGAGAUGGUCUGACAAUCCCCAACAUCUCGGAUAGUAUUGUUACAGUAAUGCAGGGGUGAUAAGAGCAGAGGUCAGGUAACCUUAUAGGGACAUAAAUUGUAUGUUUUCCUCUUUUUUUUGGGAGGGGGGGGGUUUCAAAUUUUAUUUUAUUUUUUUUUGGCGACAGAAUACAUUAAAAUGCAAGCAUUUUACAGAUCUGUUAUGACAAAUUACAUACUGAAAUAAAUUGAAUCAUUUACAUUGUA